CGCAAAUGUAAGGCCGCACGUGACUAUACAAAUCCAGUCUCUCUGAAAAGGAACAGUUGCAUUAAUAAUUAUUUGACCUGUGAAACAAACAUGAUCUGAAGGAUAAUAAAGACUGAGUUGGACGAAAGCAUGGCGUCACCGGUGAGUAACGGUCUUUCCGGUUCCAAAUUGGAGAAGCAGCGCUCAGUAACGGAAGUGCAGAGCCACGGUAUGGGUUCCAAGACAGCAUCGCUCUAUCUGAGCCGCACCACGUCGCUUAUACAGCCCGGGGGUGGAGCGCCCGGGGGUGGAGCGCCGCUAGGAAGGAGGGACGGUGAAACGCGGGGGACGGAUAAAGGCAGUCAGAACGGAGAGGAUGCGGUCAGCGUUGCAGAGAGUUCGCCGUCAAAGAAAACGUCAGUUACGUCAUUGAAGAGAGAAUUUACGUUUACUGGAUAUGACAUCAUGGCAGACGAUGAGCCCAGCACCCCUAAACCCACAACGGAGGAGGAGAUCUCUGAACGCGCAAACCGGAAGUGUUACCUAGACGCGUGCAAGGUUCUGGGGUUGAUCCCCGUCAACUACAUUUCCCGCCACAUCAACGACAAGCAUCUAGUCAUGAAGAGUCACCCUCUGGGUCCCGUAGGCGCUCGCGCCGUCUGCAUAGCGCUCGUGAACAACAGAUCUGUGGAGUCUAUAGACUUUGAGGACAACGAUCUAGGUACAGAUGGCGCUGUAAGCGUUGCGGAGAUGCUGCGGGAAAAUAACGUCAUAACGGAAGUGAAAAUUUCAGAGAAUUUGAUAGGCUCAAGAGGGGCGUUCGCUUUUACAGAGCUUCUCAAAGAUGGCAAACUUUUACACACGCUGAAUAUAUCAGGCAGUGGUUUAGAAGACUCUGAUGGGAAAUUUAUAGCCGAUAUGAUAGAAUUUAGUUCCCAUUUAAAAGUGCUCAACGUAAGUCAUAAUCGUCUCGGUGAAAACGCGUCAUUAGAUAUAGGACGGGCAAUGGCAAUAAACGACACUUUACAAGAGUUGGAUCUCAGCUGGAACCACAUCCGGGGUAUCGGAAGUAUCGCCAUAGCGAUUGGACUGCAGAAAAACGUCACGCUAAAGAAAUUAAACGUCUCAUGGAACGGGUUUGCCAAACAUGGCGCGGAGGGUCUGUGGCACGCGCUUGAAGAGAACCGAACGCUCCGGGAGCUGGACGUCUCUAACAACCGGCUAGGACUCAAGGCCGUUCCGCUUGUUCUCAAGGGGCUCAUGGAGAAUGACGGGCUAGCCACGCUGAGAAUCGGUCAAAACCCGUUUUCCCCCGAGGUGGCCAUGAUGAUACUGAAAGCUAUCGGCGAGAGUGAAAAGUGUGUCUUGACUACUCUGGAUAUAUCGGAUAUCGUUGUUCGUACCGACUUCAUCACAGCUUGGGACGAAAUCAAGCGGAAACGAGCAUUACCGUUGCGCAUCCUGUUUGGGGCCGUUGUUAAAAGCGGCACGGAACCUGCGAAGGACCCUAACGCCAUCAACUGGCGGGACCCAGUGACCCGGAUGUUCAAGUUCAUGCACGACCAGGGCUACAGGGUGAUAGACUUACUGAAGAAAUGGGACAAGGACGGUAGUUUCAGCGUUGAUAGACACGAGUUCAAAAAAGGCUUUAUGGCUGAGAACUCUUCGCUCACGGAGGCGCAGUUAGACGAGGUGAUGGACCGUCUCGACGUGGACGGAGACGGGGAAGUCGAUCUCGGAGAGCUACUCAAAGCUGAGAAAGAGUUCCGGCGAAGGAUGCACUUGCGACUCCGUAAGUUGGCUGCAAAAACGAAUUCAACUACGGACAAAUUAGACGCUGUGUUACAGAGAGUCAUGCAAAACGACUAACUCUUGACCACACGUGCAUAAAUCACAGGGCAUUCCUUUUUUACUUCAGGCUUUUCUAUGUGAGUUAUUAUCAAGCCUCCGCAUGCAAAACUUCCGCAUACACCGUUGACAGAAAACACAUGUUUAUCAUGAAAUGUAAGUCAAACACUUGCGUUCUGGCUCUUAAUCCCAAACACUUUGUCAACGGAAUAUUUGUGUUAUGUUUAUUCAGACGUUUGUCGUAGCGACAGUGGAUUUGAAAUAGUAGGAGCUGAACCUUUAUGAAAUAGACCAUUCAACUCCCUAUAGAGGCUGUGAAUUCAGAAGAAUAUUACAUAGUGGUUUUGAUGAUGAUUAAAUUUCGAAAGCUUUGGCAAAACUGUAUGAGGAUUCAUAUGAACAAAUGUCAGUUUCAUUAUAAGUUUUGUUAUGAGAAGAGACAUUGUUCUUAAAUACAUUGUUCGGGGUUAACGGUAUACACGUAUGAUUUUUCUGUUACCUUUUGUACAGUGGUCAUAUGGGUGCUGUCAAAUAUUGAUGUCCUGUUGUGUGUACAUUUAUUGCUUAAUCCUAUAUAGUACAAAGGUAAUAUAUGACUGAUAUCAAUUGCACUUUAAAAUAGUUUAAAAGUAAAGUUUUUUUUAUCGUAGUUUAA